AUGGAAACGGGGCAGCUCCCGCUGCGGCAGGAGGGCGCGGACAGCCAUGACGAGACCACGUCGACCGGUCAGCUGGCCUGUGUGCAGUGCCGCAGCCGGAAGCUCAAGUGCGACCGGAAUCGUCCAGCCUGUAACCGGUGCGUCAAGCAGAACGAGACGUGCAACUAUCCCGGAUCGCGGCUACGGGCGCUUGGUCCACGGAAGACGGUGCGGGAACUCGAGAAAAGGAUAGAGGAGCUCGAAGCGCUCCUGCGAGCCGCCGACCUCAGGACUGCGCAGGAGACGGCACCAGACCUCAGCCAAGGGCGCCCGCCGCCAGCCCAAGACUUUGAUCUCUUCGACCUCGGCCCUUUACCAUUACACCAGGACCUGCCGUUUGGGCAACCUCAGCUGAUCGGCUCAGUAGAACUUAGUCCGCCGCAACAGUCGGCAAAUCAGUUGAUCGACCUCGGUCUCUUCGAGCAGCUCCCCUCUUUCGAUGUCGUUGAUGAGCUCAACGCACUCUACUUCCAAAAAAUCCAUCCUGGUGCGCCCAUGCUCCACCGGGCAAGCUACACAGCAGGCCUGCGCCUCCCACCGCACAUGCGCCCUCCAAUGUGUCUUCAGUACAUUGUCAUGGCGUCGGCAGCGGCGACUUCGGACACGUAUCGCCACCUCUCGGAGCCGUUCUACCUACGUGCUCGAAUCUACGCCGAGGCAGACGAGUUGAAGGGCCAAGGCGAGGCCUUUACGACACUGGCCCACGUACAGUCCUGGUGCCUCAUCUCGGCCUACGAGUGCCACGUGUAUGCCUUGUUUACCAGGGCAUCCACCAGCCUGUGCCGAGGUGUGCGGGUUGCCCAGAUGCUUAGGCUGCACCAACUCGACAUUCGCGAUCCCGAGACUCUGCGCUCGGGCCUACCCCCGCCCAGGAGCUGGAUCGAGGCCGAGGAGAGACGGCGGACGUGGUGGGUCGUCUUCCUGGCCGACCGCUACCUCACGUCCACGACGGGUUGGCCGUCUCUGAUCGACGAGCGGCAUAUCCGGACGAACCUUCCUUCCACCGAAGAGUCCUUCGCGGCUGGCGGCACAAAUGAGCUCGCCAUUCCCCUCUCCGGCGGCCUGCGCGAACUGGCACAGGGUCGGGGCGCUCAGGUACCCCCUCUCGCCGUUCGUAUUCUAGCCGCGAACGAGCUGCUCCACUGCCUCGACCACGCCUCACGCCGUUCUCCGGAGAGCGGCUCUGAAGACGUGCGAGACGGACCAUACUGGCAGCGCCACAGGGAGAUUGACGCGAACCUAAGCACGCUAACUAUAUUCCUCCCCGAGAGGCUGCAUCUAGCCCGGAACCCACGUAGUCUCGACGCCAUUCUCGUCCACGUGAGCACCAACAUGGCCACCAUCCACCUGCACCGCACCGCGCUGGGGCGGAUCCACCACCACCGCCGCUCGCCCGACCUUCACCUAGUCGCCCAGAGCCAGGCGCGCCUCCUGCCCGCGGCCGAGGGUAUCCUCGCCGUGUUCCGUGCCGCCGGGGACGGCGUCGGCACCGCGAUCCGGAACCCGCUGCUCUCGUUUGCGGCAUAUAUGGCCGCGUCCGUCUUCCUCGAGGAUUAUUUCCAGGCGGCCGCGGGCGGAAGCGGAGCUGACGUGCAGGAUCGAAGCCGGCAGAGUGAGGCUAGCCUCGAAUUCUUGGCCCGGAUUCUGGUCUUCUUCGCGAGGAGCAGUCCGCUCGUGCGGGCAAAUGCCUUCCAGCUGGCGGCGGAUAUGAAGCGGACGGGUUAUGGGACGGCUUUGAUGGACCAGCUCAUGAGCCAGUCUACUACGGCGUGGGGUUCUACCUCGGAGAUCUUGUUGCCGAGCUCCAAGGGUCUGCCCAUGGUGUUCUGCCCGGCUCUCACUUCUGCGCCUGGCCUCUCAGAAAGUCCGGGCUUGGGCUUACAGGGAGUCUCUAGUUUUCGGGGACAUGGUGGCGGUGGCAGUAGUAUCAGUAGCUUCUUCGGCCCAUCGCCUACGGUCCCUAUGCGCGGUCCGUCUGCUACAGGCCUUGGAAUUGCGCCACCUCUGUUGCAGCAGGCUGGAUCCCCGGACGGACUGUUCUCGCAGUUUACGGCGAACCCUGGAAGCUCUUUACUAUAG